CGAUUAUCGAUUGAAAGGCAAAUAUAUUGAAAAUGUAUAGGGCGAUAUGUCGUCCUCCCUACACGAAUGCGAAGCGAUCACUACCCGCCCCGCAGCCGCGACGAUUGCUUUUAUGCUCUAAAAGUCGGCCCGUCCCCUCGAACUUUGCGUUCGCCAAUCGCGAUGCGUGGCGCGGUCAUAAAAUGCCGAGCGAAAAUCGCUUCACCCGUCAGUGCACUAGCCGCCUUUCGUUAGUCGCGUCGCACUACUUUCCUUCAUUCGCCGUUUCUGUACUAUUAUUAUCGGCCAUGGCCAGAACAAAGCAGACCGCUCGCAAGUCCACCGGCGGCAAGGCGCCCCGUAAGCAGUUGGCGACCAAGGCCGCCCGCAAAAGCGCUCCCGCCACGGGCGGCGUCAAGAAGCCCCAUAGGUACCGUCCCGGUACGGUGGCGCUACGCGAAAUUCGCCGUUAUCAGAAGAGCACCGAGUUGCUCAUUCGCAAGCUCCCCUUCCAGAGAUUGGUGCGCGAGAUCGCCCAGGACUUCAAAACCGACCUUCGUUUCCAGAGUUCCGCGGUGAUGGCGUUACAGGAGGCGAGCGAGGCGUACUUGGUGGGUCUUUUCGAAGACACCAACCUUUGCGCCAUUCACGCGAAACGAGUCACCAUCAUGCCCAAGGACAUCCAACUGGCGAGACGCAUUCGCGGCGAACGCGCCUAAAUAGGAGGAAAGGUCUUCCCGGACGAUAUUUCAGAAAACAAAAAAAAAAACGGUUCUUUUAAGAACCACCG